AUGAACUCAGUCCCUGCGGUCCCCAAAGAUGACAUAAAAUUCAUAUGUAGUGGAAUGGAGAAACUUCCACCCAAAGUCGUUUCGCUGAUCUAUUGGAAAAAUCCAAUUGAGUCAGCUAUUGUCAUGUCGACAGGCUUCACUCUUCUAUUCAGCAUUGGAUACCUUUCUUUGAUCUCCGUUUUUGCAUAUGUUUGUCUCACCAUUCUUUGCUGUACGGGAGCGGCGCGUGUUUAUUACGAUUUAAUUACAUCGAAGAAAGAUGAUUCUGCUAAACCCCCAUUUAGUGAUUGGUUCACAAAGGAUCCCAACGUUCUUCGUUCACGCGCUCACGAAUUAGUAAACGAAGGUAUUGAUAAAUGCGAGAACACUAUUCAACGCAUGAGGCAUUAUUUGCUGAUAGAGAAUUAUAUUGAUUCUCUGAAAUUUGCUCUCUGUAUGUAUCUUUUAUCAAUACUUGGAGGCUUCUUCAAUCUAAUCACUGUUGUUCUUAUUGCAUUUGCUCUACUUUUUUCCGUGCCGAAGCUCUACGACUUAUACCACGUAAGUCGUUUUCCCUGUUUCAUCUACCAGAAUUUGCUGCAGAAGUACUCUGAAAAGAAGAACGUCGUCUUGGCUCGCAACUUUCAUCUACUUGCUUGUGAUGAAUUUGAACUCGCAGGAGACACUCCUCAUCGUAAUAUCCGCUCUCCACUAUCCAUUUUCGCCAACGCCCAACCAGCCUACCUAGAUGUCUGGCCUGUGAAUUUUUUCCCUGACGAAGAUCACCACCACCAGCAGCAGCAGCACCUUUUCGACCGAAGCAGCUUCUUUUUGCUCCAGUUGGCUUGCUUGGUGGGUCGAUCGCCAGAUUUAAGGCGACGACGUCGGCGACCGAUGAGGAUACGUGUGUUCAUUCCUAGCAGCGUAGGUGGGGAGGCUGUACUGGCUUCCAGGGUGGAAGAAGUCCUCCAGGGUCUGCGGAUUCAGGCUGAUGUCCAUGUCGUCGACUUUAGUCCAUCAGCAGAGAAGGACAACAUCAACGGCCUUAAUCAAUUAAUUCACUCGCAUUGCAACUCGGAGACGUCUACAUCCGUUAUUUUCCUUCGGCUUCCGCAACCACCCCCUGCCAACUCGAUAAUCACCGACGAAGAAAAACUCAAUUUCCUGGGGCGUGUGGCCGCCCUCACACACGACCUUCCCCCAACCCUUCUGGGGCUUGGCAUGCAGGAGGUCACCUCGAAUUCCCUCUGA